AGGAGGAGGAGGACACCAUCGGAGCCAAAGUAGCCCGGGAAGACGAUUAGUUAUGACGGAAGCUGACGAGGGGGCGCCUCCUCCUCCUUCUCCGUUGCGGGCUGCGCGUAGAGAUGAGGAUUCCCGUGGUGGUGGUGCGUGAGUUUCCUCCAUUUGUUCUCAUGGAUGCGUGGACGCCUGCCAUAGCGGCUCAAGUGCUCACUGAGAGGGGAAACGUGCUCAGAUCAAAGACGGCCUGCCACCGCUGAGGAGGACCUCCGUGCAGGUUCACGCUGGCCGCGGAGGAGGAGCUUCCUGAUCCAUGGAGAAUUACUUCCAGGCCGAGGCUUUCAACCUGGACAAGGUGUUGGAUGACUUUGAGGAGAACGAAGAUGAGACCGACUCCCCCCUUCUCUCGGAUGCCAAGUUGACCCAGAUUCUCGCCCCACCGGCUCACCUGCUCUCGCUGAACCCCGCCCUGACCCACGCUGACGUCAGUCCCAGGGAGAGUCCGCAGCCGCUGAAGACCCUCCCCGACCCCAAAAGACCCUUGGGUGGCGAGCCGGCCGACGUCCACAGCCCUCCCCUGCCGCAGCCCAACAUAGGCAAACUAGUGGGAGCGGACGACCGGUCACCGCCGCCCAUCACGGCCUACGAGGAGCAGCGAAGGGACGCCUCCACUGCGUCCCGCUUCACCUUCGAGGUGGGACUUCAGCAAGAAGGGGCUCCCUCUGAGAAGGUUCAUCCGCACGUGGAGCCAGCUACACUGAAUGGAGAAGAGCAAGAAAGAGUGAAAAGUGGGGACCAAGUAGAAAGUGUUCUGAACGGAGGGGCGGGUAUUGACUCCUUGACAAGACCUGAAUCUGAGCAGCUCCUUCCCAAUGGCUUGCAAUCCGAGAACGGGAGCCGACUAAAUGUCUGGGAGGAGGAAGAAAAGGAGAGGUUUUCUCCCUCACCUGCGCCCUCCAAGGAAGACUCUGUGACAGAGGAAAAGGAGAUGGAGGAGAGCAAGCAGGAGAGUGGCGAUGGGGCAUUGUUAGGUGCUGUUCGAACAAAACUGAACAACAGCCGCCUCCAGCCAGUCAGCGUCCCGUACGGCGGGGCGCGACCCAAGCAGCCCGUCAGCCUCAAACUCCAAAUCCCGCAGCCUCUAGCGGGACAGGUGCAGAAUCAGCUCAGUAGCAAGAACAAGAACCUGGACAGCCGCAAGGGCACGCCUCCCGAAACGGCGCUCGCCAGGGCGGAGGUGACUCCGGUGGUGAAUGGCGUCACAGUCCUCCCCCCUUCUCCCCUCGCGUUGUCCUCGGAGAGUCCGGACAAUGACCUCCAGGCGGGACAGCAGCAGGGCUCGCUCGGUGGAAAGGCCCCCAGUUCUCUGGGCGAGGUGGCCCCCGUGUGGGUGCCCGACUCACAGGCCCCUGUCUGCAUGAGGUGCGACGCCAAGUUCACCUUCACCAAGAGGAGGCACCACUGCAGGGCCUGUGGCAAGGUGUUCUGCGCCACGUGCUGCAGCUUGAGAUGCAAACUGGCAUACAUUGGUGGGAAGGAGGCUCGCGUCUGCGUCACCUGUCAUUCGGCCCUAACCAGCGCUCCGACGUCGUUGAACUCCCAGUUGACAUCUGGCAACAACCAGAGUCCCAACCCCAACAACCCUGCCGAGUACUGCUCCACCAUCCCCCCUCUGCAGCAGGCCCAGGCCUCAGGCAUGCUUGGCUCGCCGCCGCCCACUGUCAUGGUACCGGUGGGCGUCCUCAAGGCGUCUGCCAACGAGGGAUCUGUCACACGGGAGCAGAGGAGGGUUUGGUUUGCCGAUGGCGUCCUACCAAACGGCGAUGAUGCAGAGUCCCCCAAAGCUCCCCCGCGCUCGCAACGGGCCGGCGUCUCGUCGUAUUCAAGCAAAACCUCUGGAUCAGACACAGUAGAGGCGGCACCCGCUACAGUGGGCCCACUGGGCAGCCCCGUGGGCAGUGCCCUCAGCCUUAUCCCGGAGGACGGGCUCCCUCCCAUCCUCAUCUCCACCGGAGUCAAAGGAGGUACGGGAGGCCACAUCACAGAUUAUGCAGUGGAGGAGCGUCCAUCGGCGAUGGUCCUUAUGCAGCAGCUGGAGGAGGGAGGCCUCGACCCGCUGGUCUUUGUCCUCAACGCCAACCUGCUCGCCAUGGUCAAGCUCGUCAACUACGUCAACAGAAAGUGUUGGUACAUGACGACAAAGGGCAUGCAUGCCGUUGGCCAGGCUGAGGUUGUUGUUCUGCUACAGUGUCUACCCGAGGAGAAGACUAUCCCAAAGGACAUCUUGACACACUUUGUGCAGCUCUACCGGGAGACCCUCAGCGGCAAGGUGCUGGGCCACCUGAGCCACUCCUUCUUCACGCAGAGCUUCCUGGGCAGUAGGGAGCACAGCGGAUUCCUCUACGUGAGCCCCUCUUUCCAGUCCCUGCAGGACCUGCUGCUGCCCAAUCCACCCUUCCUCUUCGGCGUGCUAAUUCAGAAGUGGGAGACGCCCUGGGCCAAGGUCUUUCCCAUUCGUCUUAUGCUGCGGCUGGGUGCUGAGUACCGAUUUUACCCGUGCCCACUGUUCAGUGUGCGCUUCCGGAAACCGCUCUUUGGCGAGACCGGUCACACCAUCAUGAAUCUUCUGGCAGACUUCCGCAACUACCAAUACGCAUUGCCAGUGGUUAAAGGCUUGGUAGUGGACAUGGAGGUGAAGAAGACAAGCAUCAAGAUCCCCAGCAACCGCUACAACGAGUUGAUGAAGGCCAUGAAUAAAUCCAAUGAGCAUGUGUUGGCCAUGGGUGCGUGCUUCAAUGAGCGCGCCGACUCGCACUUGGUGUGUGUGCAGAACGACGAUGGCAACUACCAGACGCAGGCCAUCAGCAUCCAUCACCAGCCGCGCAAAGUGACGGGCGCUUGUUUCUUCGUGUUCAGCGGUGCCCUGAAAGCCUCAUCGGGCAUCUUAGCCAAAACCAGCAUAGUAGAAGACGGCGUGAUGAUCCAGAUCACGGCCGAGACCAUGGAUGCUCUACGGCAAGCGCUGAGGGACAUGAAAGACUUCACCAUCACGUGCGGUAAAGCUGAGCAGGAGGACAACCAGGAGCUGGUGCACAUCCAGUGGACUGACGACGACCAUGACUUCAACAAGGGUGUCAUCAGUCCAAUUGACAGCAAGUCGAUGGAGUCCAUCGCCAGCGUGAAGAUCUUCCAUGGUUCCGAGUUCAAGGCCAAUGGCAAAGUGAUCCGCUGGACGGAGGUGUUUUUCCUCCAGAGUGACGACCAGCCCAGCGGCCUGAGCGACCCGGCAGACCACAGCCGCCUGACGGAGAACGUGGCACGGGCCUUCUGCAUGGCGCUGUGCCCGCACCUCAAGCUGCUCAAGGAGGACGGCAAGGCCAAGCUGGGCCUGCGCGUCACACUUGACUCGGACCAGGUGGGCUACCUGGCGGGCAGCAACGGGCAGCCUCUUCCUCCGGAGUACCUUAGUGACUUGGACAGCGCACUCAUCCCCGUCAUCCACGGCGGCGCAUGCCAGCUUAGCGAGGGUCCCGUGGUCAUGGAGCUGGUCUUCUACAUCCUGGAGAUCAUCUCCUAAGAACACACGUCAGAUUUUUCAAACAUGAGAUGAGGCCGUUUAACCGUCAGGUGGCGUCAUGUAGCUCCAAAGACUCACGGCCAAGCGCUUGGACCUCGCUGACUACAACGGAUGCACCAGAUGCCCUUUUUUUAAAAAAAAUUGUUCCUGUACUCGGUGCUCAGUGCCUGCUUUUUGGUUGAUUUCAUUGCUAAAGCUUUACUCCUCAGUCACCACAUGCAUUGACUCUGUGUACAUUGUGUGUGUGUUGGCGGAAGAAGCAGCUUGUAGCCUCCAGAGAUUACACAAAAAAAAAAAACAAUAAGAACAGUGG